AUGGAGAAACGUAUUGUUACGAAUCUCCAAAAAGAGCCGCUAAGAAGUCUCAUACUUGGUCACGCAAUCCGCAACAAGGCCAUAUGCCCGGCAGGCGUUCUGGUCGAUAUGGCCUUUGCCGCAGUGCUAGAAAGGACCGGCGAACGAGCGGGCCUCAAGUCCAUCGGGCUAAGAUCACUACACCUGAUCGCCGCUAUCACAAUCGACAUUGACAUUGACACUACCAACAAUCCAGUUCAGACUCUUGAGGCUACAUUGGAAAAGCGGACUGCGGCCCCCGAAUUCGCUGUUACUUUCAGCGGUGGCGAGCGUCAGACUCAUCACGCAAGUUGCAUUCUGCGAGUGAUUGAAGACACCGAUGGUAUCAGAGGCGAGCACACGACUCGCUCUCUCAUCCGGGCCGUCUCUCGUGUGAAUCAGCUGCAGAGUAACACCGCCGCCAACCACUUCAAUGGCCAGAUGAUUUAUAAGAUGUGGACGUCCGUCAUGCAGUAUUCUCCAGAAUACCAUGUUCUCCAGAACAUCACGCUAGCACCUGUCGGUUAUGAAGCUUGCGCGAAGCUUCAAACAAGAUCAAGAGCGAGAGCCGGAAAUCGGGAGUACGCGAUCGACCCAGUCUGGUUAGACGGUGCCAUGCAGGCCGCUGGCUUCACAGUGAACAUAAAUGUCGCUGCUGAUCCCGGAGCGGUACAUGUUCUCACCGAGUGUGCUGCUAUCGAUUUCUGGGAGCGUCCGCGAAGCAACAAUAUGUAUGCUUGCCAUGUCCACGGAGAAUCAGACGGAUCAGGCGAUGUCAUCAUGAGCGUUAGGAUAUUCGACGAGGAGAACGACAUGUGCCCGGUGGCAGCUAUCAGUGGCAUGCGUUUCCACAGACUGAAACAACGACCGGAAACCAAAAGCCAAAGUGGUAAAGGCUAUGAGGACGCCACGACACGGAUGAACAGGAGCGAGUCCAGCAAUCAGGGCAUCACAUCUACGACGAGAUUGUCAGAUUCAGCCCACCAUUCCCAUCCAAAGAGCCUGAUACUCGAUAAGAGUGAGGCAGCCGCUGAUGCAAGUGCGACGAGCUUGAUACACGCACUCAUCUCGAUACUGGCCACAGAAACACACGCAGACCCUGAUGAGAUUGACCAGAAUACUGCACUAGCCGACCUGGGUGUCGACUCCUUGGUGGCUCCUACCAUAGCAGAUACCAUUCGAGUCAAGCUAGGCGUCGAGAUACCAUUGCUCGCUCUGUUAGAGGCACAAACUGUGAUCGAUGUUGCCUCACUCUGCGGGGAGAUUGAUCCCGCAAAUGUAAGGCCUGGGCGCUUCGGAGCUGUCGCCCAGAAGCACAGCGCCACCACGGCAAAUAUCGCCCAGGGACCAGAUACAACACGUCACUCUGUGAUUGCUGAGCUUUCGAGUAGAGUUGUUCUCUUGCAAGGCUCCAGUCGAUGCAAACACAACUUGUUCCUCCUUCCCGACGCCUCUGGAAGCAGCUCCGUGUACGCAGGGCUUCCACCGAACCUAUCUCAACAGACCGACACGAGGGUCUACGGCCUCGAGUCCCCGUUUCAUGGCAUGAGUUCCAUGCCCAAUAUCUCAAUGAACAUGUACUGUUCACUAUUCGUCGAGGCAAUUCUCCGUGUCCAACCAACGGGACCGUAUCUGCUCGGUGGCUGGUCGAUUGGAGGACGUCUUGCAUACGAGUGCGCCAGACAGAUCAUACAAUUGGGGCACAAAGUUUCGGGACUUCUCGUGAUAGAGUCGUACGCGCAAUUGACGCCUAAUCUGUGUUCAGGUCCUGACGCGAUCUCGGUUGGGCAUCUCGAGGCAACGGGGUUCUUUGGAUGGUCUGGAGGUCAUGUUUCGUCAAGCAUGGCUGAGUGGCAGAAGAACCACAUGCUGCGCCUCAUUCUCAUGAACAGCGCCUAUAAACUUCCACCUCUUUAUGUGAACGAGGAGAAGAAUACAGCGAUAUUCCAGUUAGUCUGGUCGUCAAAAGGUGACUUCUCGCUGUUCCCGACCAAGAUUCUGCAAAAAGCGCAGGAGUGGAGCAAUGGAUCAUCCGGCAAUGCUAUCAACGGUGCUCAUAUAGCAUGGCUGAAGGAACCACGACCGGAAAGAUCUAUAGACCGGCUCACAGAAGAAUGGCGAGAUUUAGCAGGGCCACGAGUGAGGCGGCACAUUGUUGAGGGGGAACACUUUGACAUCAUGAUUCCCAGAGUGAAUGAGGAUCUAGCAUAUAUCAUGACAGAGGCCUUGAGAUGCUUCUAUGAGCCCUAG